AAGACACGAAGAAACAUUUAUAAAUUUUUGAUCUUUUAUAUAAUUUUUUUUUGUUUCUCUGCAUCUCAUUCUCAGGGGUUUUGUGAUUCUCUUGUCCGAAUCUAUUCCCAUCUCGUUGUACAAACCUUUUUGUCUCUCUCUCUCUCUCUCUCUGUCUCUGUUGUUUCGGGGUGGAUCUUUAGCGGGGGUGAUGGCGAAGCUGAGACAGUCGCAGAGAUUAUUACAGGCGAGGAAAUGGUCGACAUUGAUGCUGGUUCUGUUCAUGCUUUUCAUGUUAACGAUUGUUCUCUUGAUGCUUUUGGCUUUUGGUGUUUUCUCUCUUCCCAUUAAUAACUCCGACGAAUCUUCUCCGAUGGAUCUCUCUUAUUUCCGACGAGCUGCAACUGAUAGAAGUGAGGAGGGACUUGGGAAGAGAGGAGAUCAGUGGACUGAAGUGCUCUCUUGGGAACCCAGAGCUUUCGUCUACCACAACUUUUUGUCGAAGGAAGAAUGUGAGUAUUUAAUCAGUCUUGCCAAACCACAUAUGGUGAAGUCAACUGUUGUUGAUAGCCAGACCGGCAAGAGCAAAGACAGCAGGGUGCGAACAAGCUCAGGGACUUUUCUUAGGAGAGGAAGGGACAAAAUCAUCAAGACCAUUGAGAAAAGAAUUGCAGAUUACACCUUUAUUCCAGCAGAUCAUGGAGAAGGGCUUCAAGUUCUUCACUACGAAGAAGGGCAAAAGUAUGAACCACAUUAUGAUUACUUUGUUGACGAGUUCAACACUAAGAAUGGAGGUCAACGGAUGGCUACGAUGCUCAUGUAUCUGUCGGAUGUUGAAGAAGGCGGUGAAACAGUGUUUCCUGCUGCCAAAAUGAAUUAUAGUUCUGUACCCUGGUAUAAUGAUCUCUCUGAGUGUGGGAAAAAGGGACUUUCUGUAAAGCCUAGAAUGGGCGAUGCGUUGCUCUUCUGGAGCAUGAGGCCCGAUGCUACUCUAGACCCGUCAAGCUUGCAUGGUGGAUGUCCUGUGAUUAGAGGGAACAAAUGGUCAUCUACCAAAUGGAUGCAUGUCGGCGAGUACAAAAUCUAGCGUCUUUGAUUGCUGGACAGUAUACUGUUUUCUUAGAUGGUGUCGGAACCAAAAUUUGGAGAAAAAGGAGAGUUGAUGUUUGAAUUUUGUUUUCCCUGUGGCUCAGUGUAUUGGUUGUUUUGAUGGGAUUCAGAGGUUCACAUAUAUAUCAUUAGAGAAUACCAAAAGAGAGAAAAUUGUUAGAUUACAUUAGGAUGGCUUAGAGAGAGACAUUUUUGCCCACUCCUACACACAACAGCUUGUGACAGUCACUGAGUAAACCUUGUGAAUUUAGUUAUAACAUUAUUCAAACUAAAAAUGUCAUCUUUAUAUGAAAGUUGGAUUGUUUA